AUGAUCGAGCGCUUCUCCCAAAUCCCCGGCGGCGUCGACACCAACGAGUGGCUGGCGACGCAUACCCUCGCCCUGUUCGACCACGUCAACGCGUUAUGUGGCAGCAUAUCGGAAUUAUGCACGCCGGUGGCGUGUCCGGCAAUGUCUUUUCCCGGCACAAGCAAAGCCAUCUUCGUGGACGAGCGAGGAAACGGCAUACCUACACGGCUCCUCAGUACAUCGACUGCG